AUGUCGGGGAGACGAAGUCGGGCUCGGAGAGCCCGAGCCAGGAGGGCGGGCAAGGCACAGCAGGCCUCAGGGCAGCAGGGCCCUGAGGCCCAGCCCCCGCCCCCUGCCGCAGGGGGCCCUCAGGACGAAGUGGGGGUGGCCCCUGCAGGGCACGUGACCGGCAACAAGCCAGCUGCCCAGGGACACCCCAGGGUGGCCACGCCAGAGCGGCCACAAGCAGCCAAGCAGCCAGUGCAGGCCACCACUCCGGGAUCCGAGCUGGUGUCAGUCCCCCCUGCAGACAUGGAAGGCUGUGGGGCGGGCGGCCUCGCCCCGGGCCUGGGUCCCGAGCUGCUGAGGCUUCACGAGGUCCAGCUGUGCCUGGCCCAGGAGCAGCUGCUACUGGAGGACCGCCGGCGUCAGGUGCAGCUGCAGAUGCAGCUGUGGCAGGAGGAGCAGCUGUGGAGGGAGCAGCUGCAGCAGGAGGAGCAGCUGUGGAGGGAGCAGCUGUGGCAGGAGGAGCAGCUGUGGCUGCAGCAGCUACAGGAGGAGCAGGCCUGGGUGCGCGUGGAGGGGCUGGAGCUGGCCAUGGCCCUGGAGCAACUCCGGAGCGAGGGCCUUGAGGUGCUGCAGACCCAAGGCCAGGCCCCUGGCCCCGACAUGGCCCGUCGCUCCCAGAGCUCCUCGCAGGGGGACAACCCACUGGCACCUGGGUACCUGCCACCUCACUACAAAGAGUACUACCGCCUGGCGGUGGACGCGCUGGCCGAGGGGGGCCCGGAGGCCUACAGCCGCUUCCUGGCGUCUGAGGGGGCACCUGCCUUCCUGUGCCCUGAGGAGCUGGAGCAUGUAAGCCGCCACCUGCGGCCCCCGCAGCAUGUCGCUCGAGAGCCCCCUGAAGGCAGCCCCCCCAAUGUGGACAUGGAUGGCUCCUCGGGCACCUACUGGCCCAUGAACUCAGAUCAGGCAGUGCCUGAACUCGACCUAGGCUGGCCCCUGACCUUCGGCUUCCAGGGCACAGAGGUCACCACACUGGUGCAGCCACCACCGCCUGACAGUCCCAGCAUCAAGGAUGAGGCUCGAAGGAUGAUCCGCUCUGCCCAGCAGGUGGUGGCCGUGGUGAUGGACAUGUUCACCGACGUGGACCUGCUUGCGGAAGUGCUGGAGGCAGCGGCGCGCCGCGUCCCUGUCUACGUCCUCCUGGACGAGAUGAACGCGCACCACUUCCUCGACAUGGCCGACAAGUGCCGCGUCAACCUGCACCACGUGGAUUUCUUGCGUGUGCGCACCGUGGCGGGCCCCACCUACUACUGCCGCACCGGGAAGUCCUUCAAGGGCCACGUGAAGGAGAAGUUCCUGCUCGUGGACUGCGCGGUGGUCAUGAGUGGGAGUUACAGGUGCGCGCGGCCCCGCCCCCCCUGCGCCCCGCGGUCCCGGCGGACGUCGCGCGGCUCGGAGGAGGCGGGGCUGGCCAAGCAGGACUCCUUUCGCUCGCGCUUGAACCCGCUGAUCCAGCGCAGCUCGCGCCUGCGCUCCUCGCUGAUCUUCAGCGCUUCGCAGGCGGAGGGCGCCGCGGGGGCCGCGGGGGCCGCCGCCGACAAGGUGCAGCUGCUGCACAAGGAGCAGGCGGUGAGCGAGACGCUGGGCCCCGGCGGCGAGGCCGUGCGCUCCGCCACCUCCGCCAAGGUGGCCGAGCUCCUGGAGAAGUACAAGGGCCCGUCGCGGGAUGCCGGAGGGGCAGGGGCUCCGGUAACAGUCACCAGCCACAGCAAGGCUGUCGUGUCCCAGGCGUGGCGGGAAGAGGUGGUGGCGCCGGGCGGCGUGGGAAGCGAGCGCCGCAGCCUCGAGAGCUGCCUGCUGGACCUGCGCGACUCCUUCGCACAGCGGCUGCAUCAGGAGGCCGAGAGGCAGCCCGGAGCGGCCACGCUCACUGCCACCCAGCUGCUAGACACGCUGGGCCGGGGCGGCACCGACCGGCUGCCCUCUCGCUUCCUUUCCGCCCAGGGCCGUUCCUCCUCCCCGCAAGGGCGGGACAGCCCCCCACUGGAGGGAUCCGGGUCCCGCCAGACACCCCACUCUGAGCCGAGAGGGAGCCCCACCUCGGCCUAUCCUGAGCGCAGGAGCAGUCCCGUGCCCGCCGUGCCCGAGCGCAGGAGCAGCCCCGUGCCCGCCGUGCCCGAGCGCAGGGGCAGCCCCGUGCCCCCCGUGCCCGAGCGCAGGGGCAGCCUGACCCUUACCUUCUCCGGGGAGUCUCCCAAGACUGGGACCGCGGAGGAGCCGGCAGGCGGCCCCAUGGAAGUCCUGCGCAAGGGCUCCCUGCGGCUCCGCCAGCUGCUGAGCCCCAAGAGUGAGCGGCGCACAGAGGAUGAGGGCGGCUUCCCGGCGCCGCAGGAGAACGGGCAGCCAGAGAGCCCCCGGCGGCCGUCGCUGGGCAGGGCUGAUAGCGCUGAGGCUGCCACCGGAGACGAGCGGAGCCCGCGGGCGCGCACGACCUCCACCACGGCCAACGCCUUGUACAGCAGCAACCUGCGGGAUGACACGAAAGCCAUUCUGGAGCAGAUCAGCGCCCACGGUCAGAAACACCGCGGGGUCCCCGUCCCGGCCCCGGGCCUGGCUCACAGCAGUCCUGAACUAGGCCGCUCACCGGCUGCUGGCGGCCUGGCCCCGGACAUGUCCGACAAGGACAAAUGUUCUGCCAUCUUCCGCUCCGACAGCCUGGGGACGCAGGGCAGGCUGAGCCGCACCAUGCCCGCCAGCGCCGAGGAGCGGGAGCGGCUGCUGCGCCGCAUGGAGAGUAUGCGCAAGGAGAAGCGCGUCUAUAGCAGGUUCGAGGUCUUCUGCAAAAAGGAAGAGGCCGGUGGCCCGGGGGCAGGGGAGGCCCCUGCAGAGGAGGACACCAGGGACAGCAAGGUGGGCAAGUUCAUGCCCAAAAUUCUGGGUACUUUCAAAAGCAAGAAGUGAGGUUGCUGGCCCGACAGCCCAGGUCCAGGUGCCGGCAUCACUGCCAGCGCCGGGCAGAGCACCUGCUCUCUCAGGGGGAGGGGGGGCGCGGAGCACAGCCUGAGCCUGGUUCCGUCCACCCAGAGCUCGCCCGCCGCACCCUGCCUUUUGCCCGGGCCUCUCCCCUCUGGGGCUCCAGCCCCUCCUGCCCUGCACCUUACUCCUCCAGGUCCUUCCCCAUCCCUGUGCCCUGAGCCUCCCCCUUCUGACUCCUCUGCCUCCACCACCUGGUUGAGCUUCAGGUCCCCUUAGACCUUCAUUCUCGCCUCAGGGCUCCAUCUCUUUGUGCCUUAGGCCCCCACCUUUCAGGGGGCCAUCUCUUUCUGCCUCGGCUCCCAGCUUUCUGGGGGGCCAUCUGCACCUCAGUACCCCAUCCUUUGGGGGCCUCACAUCUCAGGGCUGCCGUGUCUCAGGGUUCCCCUCUGCUCACUGCCUCCCGGCUGGCUCCACCUCCGCCGCUGCUUCGCGGCUCCCUCCUUCCCGCCUCCUGUCAGCCCCAGCCCCACUCCCCUGGCCUCGCCCGUCCCCAGGGCCUGGUGUGUCUCCCUCGUUGGCUGGUGGCUCAGCACACUUCCUGCUCUGCUCACUUUCCUCUCUGCCUCCUGGCACCGUUCUCAGGGGCCCUUCGUCUCCCUGAGGGGAGGCAGUGCUGGUUGGGGGUGACCUGUGAUGGAGGACGGAGCCAGACCCAAAGGCUGUCCUUCUCGGGAAGCGCUGUCCUGUCCGGUGGGCCACUGGCAGAUGGGGGCACAGAGGACCUGAGAGACUGAGGCAGGCCUGGUCCCGGGCCGCCCCGCUCUGGCCAGCACCUGGUAAGGGGUAAGAGCUCCGGGUUUUGCAGCACAAAAUGCUGUCUAGAUGGAUGAUGGUGGCCUGAGCCACGAAGGGGCCCGGCAGCCCCGGAAAAGGGCUGGGUGUGGAGCACCUGGACUCGGAACAGGGGAGGGGGGUGUGUGGCUGCGCUGGCUCAGGUCCCAGCGGACCCCAAGUCCACUCUGUUCUGGAUCCUUUCUUUGUCACCAACUCGCAAAAUCAAAGUUUCCCUGCUGACCAUUCUUGUAUCUUUCUCGCCUGUGGAGAGUGACACUCAUUUGGAAUGACACAUUUUGGCACCAAAUGCUGAGACACUUCCCCACCGUGAGUGCUCGCAUUGUGAAAUCAGUGUUUGCGCAGCAGUGUAAGAAACGGCAGUCGCUCAGACCAGGGAAGAUUCGACACACGGGGUCACAGCAAAGGCAGCACUGUGACUCCACAUGGGGGAGGCUGGGGAGGCUGGGGGACGCUUGCCCCUCAGCAGCUCACAGCAUGGUCACCAAAGCCACGAGCCUGGCAAGGUGACAGCAGGCACUCUGCUUCAGGCGGAAGGUCACCGAGGAGCCAGAUGCGCUGGAGUGCCCUUGGCCUGGCCGUGGUCACUGACAAGCCUGCUUGCACACGGCCCAUGGCCGAGGGGGCGCCCUGUGUGCGUCCUCCACGUCCUGCAAAUAACGUCUCAGAUGUGACUGCACAUUCAGGUGUUAACAAUAAGCCACAACAGGUUCUUCCCGACACGUCCCUAAAUAUAUAUAGUCACCCA